AUGCCGAGUCCGGUGAUCACAAGCUCCUCAUCCGACACCAGCAUUUCCAAAGCCCGGAGCCCCCACACGUACAUCCCUGCUUCAAGCCAUUCUUCAUAUCUGGCUGAAUCGAAGACAUCUGCCUCGGCCAAGAAACUCGGGAACUUGAUAACGAGGAGGAGCACUUCCUCGUCCAAGAACUCAGGGUUGACUGAAGAGAAUCUUGCAGAGUUCAAUAGAAUAGAUGACAUCUUGUAUGAUCAGAAAAGGAGCAGUCCUUACUACUACAAACUCACCGACUCGUCCCUUUUUCUUAAUCGACAAAAAGCUUCUGAUGCCAGCCCUGGAAGAGACAGCAAUGCAACCUCCUCAAUUAGCUCAGGCAGCAAACCGAGUUUGGUUGUCAGGAUGCAAGGGUGGAAGGCUUAUUUUAAUUCUCAUGGCAAGGAAGAGAAGGCCGUGGAAGUUCAAAAUAUGAUCUCAACUGUGAGUACUAGAGGUUCUAAACACGUUCUCGCUACUUCUUCUUCUUCCAUUUCCUCAUCAUCUUCAUCAAGGACCGAAGGAAGGACGACGACUACAACAUUAGAAAAGGAAUUGGAUUUAGAGGGGGCAGUUUUGAGCGUUGGCAUGACUGCAAACGAGUAUUUUUUGGUAAAGAAGUCAUUGAGGGAGAGAGAUUCAGAACCUCUAGUACUACCAUCGUUGUGGCAGCUGCCACCGUCAUCACCAGCCCGCCCACAGGAAUAUGCAUCACCACCAGUAGUGGCACCAUCUCGAGAAGCACAUCAGUCAACGCCACCAUCAAAACUAAUAUCAGUCUCAUCAUCACCUUGUGCAAAACCCUCACCGCCGGCUGAACAGCCACCAACUCAACAGUCACUACCAUCACCACAGCCACUGCCUGGACAAACACUGGCUCCGUCAGUGCAGCCAUUUGCAUCACUGCCCCAGAUUGCAGAAACAACACCAAAGCAAGAGAGGCCACCACCAUCACCUGCACCCACGUCAACCCAAACAUCAGUGCCAUCGCCCCAGAAAGAAGCACAAACAUCACCUGAAAAUAGUAUCACAAUAUUGGAUCAGAAGAUAACACAGACAAUAAAUGAAAGAGCUUAUGUUUGGGCAGACAAAUAUCGGCCUCAGGCUUUGAAAGAUUUCAUCUGCCACAAGAAGAAAGUCCUUGAACUUCAUGCUGUGGCAAAGCCAGAAAAUUGUGGUCAUUUUAUAUUUGAAGGACCGACAGGAGUGGGAAAGAAAACCAUGAUAUGGGCUAUGCUUCGCGAAGCUUUUGGAGCUGACAGAGUACAGACAAGGGAGGAGUGCAAGCUAUUCCUAUUGAAGGGGGAAGCUGUAGCAAGCAUCAAAGUUUCUGUAAAGAUAUCCAUGCAGCACGUGGAGGUCAGUCUUUCUGAAGUGAAAGGGUAUGAGAAGCAUGUUAUCGUGGAACUUAUCCAGGAAACAAUUGACAGGAUAUCCAAGAAAGCCAUACACUGCAAUCAAGACACCUGUCGAGUUAUCAUUCUAUAUGAAGCAGACAAGCUUAGCGCAGAUGCCUUACAAUAUAUCAAAUGGCAAUUAGAAAGGCAUUCAGAAUGCACUAAAGUCUUCUUUUGCUGCAGUGAUGCCUCAAAGCUUCAGCCAAUAAUGUCCCUUUGCCACGUUGUUAAAUUACUUCCACCUUCAAAUGAGGAAAUUGUUGAAGUUCUGGAAUUCAUAGCCAAACAAGAAGGAAUAUAUUUGUCAAACCAAUUGGCUGAAAGGAUUGCUAACAACUCCAAAAACAACCUAAGGCAAGCCAUUCGUUCGUUUGAGGCAACCUGGCAAGCAAAUUCUUCCCUGAGUGAAGAUCAAGAAAUUUUGACUGGUUGGGAAGAUGAGAUUGCAAACAUUGCCAAAAACAUAGUAGAAGAGCAGAGCCCAAAACAACUAUAUAACAUUCGCGGGAAGCUUCAAAAUCUUAUCGAACACAAUGUAUCGCCUGAAUUCAUCUUUGAAGCUUUAGUGGGAGAAUCGAAGAAGUUUGCCGUUGAGGAAUUCCAGCCACAAAUUGAUAGUCUAUACGAGCAUUAUAAGAAACAAAUACAAAAACGGCACGAAAAAACACUCAGAAGGCAUAAUGAUCCAGUCAAAAGGAAUUUCCACCAUUUUCUGACAAUUGAAGAGUUCAUAGCAAAAUUUAUGAGCUGCUAUAAGAUGACGAUCAUGAACAACAAAGGCAGAUGACUUUAUAUGUGUUACAAAGAGAAUUACUCGGUCUUCUGCUUAUGUAUCACAGAAUAUUGUUUUGUAACGUCAAUAUUGCUACC